UCAAAAGCACAAGCUUCCGGACCUCGCUUGCCAACCACAAAUCUUUAGCAUCUCUACAUACUGCCUGCCUGUAUCAACUGCUUGCCUGUAUCAACUGAUCCUUCUUAUUAAUAACAAAAAAACAGCAGAAUGCCCAAAUCAAGGGAAGUGGUGUCAUCCACAUCUGGCAGUGACUCUGACAGUGAGGUGGAGAAGACCACGGCCAAGAGAAAGAAGGCCAGUGCUCCACCAGAGAAGCCCGAGGCCAAGAAACCGAAGCUGAGUGGAGAGGGCUCUCGACCUGGCGCAGGAGGGUCCUCUAAGGCUGCAGACAGCAAAACGGAGGCUGGCAUGUUCCAGAUUGGGAGAAUGCGAUACGUCAGUGUGAGGGAGUUUAAAGGGAAGUGUUUAGUUGACAUCAGAGAGUACUGGAUGAACCAGGACGGGGAAAUGAAGCCCGGCAAAAAAGGCAUCUCCUUAAACCCGGAGCAGUGGACCCAGCUGAAGGACCAGAUGGCAGAGAUAGACGACGCGAUCAAGAGAACAUGAUGACCCUUCCCAGGGUGCUGACAGUCCAGCUUGUCUGUCUAGUGAUCUUAAUGUCACCACUGACGUUUCGGCUGAGUCCCACAUGGCACCCUAUUCCCUAUAUAGUGCACUACUUUAGACCAAGGCCCUAUGGAACCCUAUUCCCUAUAUAGUGCACUACUUUAGAACAAGGCCCUAUGGAACCCUAUUCCCUAUAUAGUGCACUACUUUAGACCAAGGGCCCUAUGGAACCCUAUUCCCUAUAUAGUGCACUACUUUAGACCAAGGCCCUAUGGAACCCUAUUCCCUAUAGGGCCUUGGUCUAAAGUAGUGCACCCUAUUCCCUAUAGGGCCUUGGUCUAAAGUAGUGCACCCUAUUCCCUAUAGGGCCUUGGUCUAAAGUAGUGCACCCUAUUCCCUAUAGGGCCUUGGUCUAAAGUAGUGCACCCUAUUCCCUAUAGGGCCUUGGUCUAAAGUAGUGCACCGUAUUCCCUAUAGGGCCUUGGUCUAAAGUAGUGCACCCUAUUCCCUAUAGGGCCCUUGUCUAAAGUAGUGCACUAUAUAGGGAAUAGGGUUCCAUAGGGCCUUGGUCUAAAGUAGUGCACUAUAUAGGGAAUACGGUGCCAUUUGGACUUUCCCAAAACCUGUGUAAGGACUGAAUUAUUUUAUAAUUCUAAGUUUGCUGUUCUGUUGAAUUAGUUAUUUUACAUGUGCUGUUUUAGUUUGCUCAGUGCAAGAAUUGCUUUGUGUUUUGACCUGUGAAGAUAAUGUGUGUUUGAUUGGGAUCGAUAUUUGGUUGGUAUGGUUAUGACUUUCUUUUCCUACCUUUAUUUAACUACACAAGUCAUUAUUUUCAAUGACGGCCUCGGAACAGUGGGUUAACUGGCCUAGGAACAGUGGGUUAACUGGCCUAGGAACAGUGGGUUAACUGGCCUAGGAACAGUGGGUUAACUGGCCUAGGAACAGUGGGUUAACUGGCCUAGGAACAGUGGGGUUAACUGGUCUAGGAACAGUGGGUUAACUGGUCUAGGAACAGUGGGUUAACUGGCCUAGGAACAGUGGGUUAACUGGCCUAGGAACAGUGGGUUAACUGGCCUAGGAACAGUGGGUUAACUGGCCUAGGAACAGUGGGUUAACUGCCUGUUCAGGGGCAGAACGACAGAUUUGUACCUUGUCAACUCAGGGGUUUGAACUUGCAACCUUCCGGUUACUAGUCCAACGCUCUAACCACUAGGCUACCUCCUGCUGGUUACUAGUCCAACACUCUAACCACUAGGCUACUUCCUGCUGGUUACUAGUCCAACGCUCUAACCACUAGGCUACCUCCUGCUGGUUACUAGUCCAACGCUCUAACCACUAGGCUACCUCCUGCUGGUUACUAGUCCAACACUCUAACCACUAGGCUACUUCCUGCUGGUUACUAGUCCAACGCUCUAACCACUAGGCUACCUCCUGCUGGUUACUAGUCCAACGCUCUAACCACUAGGCUACCUCCUGCUGGUUACUAGUCCAACGCUCUAACCACUAGGCUACCUGCUGGUUACAUUUACAUUUACAUUUAAGUCAUUUAGCAGACGCUCUUAUCCAGAGGGACUUACAAAUUGGUGAAUUCACCUACUAGUCCAAUGCUCUAACCACUAGGCUACCUCCUGCUGGUUACUAGUCCAACGCUCGUAACCACUAGGCUACCUCCUGCUGGUUACUAGUCCAACGCUCUAACCACUAGGCUACCUGCUGGUUACUAGUCCAACGCUCUAACCACUAGGCUACCUCCUGCUGGUUACUAGUCCAACGCUCUAACCACUAGGCUACCCUUUGAAUAAUUGACCUGUUUGUUGUUGUUGUUGUAUGAAAAUGAUUUAAAAGCCAUGUAAAGUU